AUGAGUACUAGCAGCUCAGCUUCGCCACCCUUGCAGCUACCCUGCCUUCUUCCAGCUGGCGGGUGUGACUUCCAGCUUCCCCUGGACUCGCGUUCUUUAGGGUUUUCCCUCAAGAACUCUGACACCUCCCAUCCCCUCUCAUCCCCUCUCAUCCCCUCUCACACACUCUCAUUCCCUCUCACCCACUCUCUCACGCUCUCAUUCCUUCUCACCCACUCUCUCACGCUCUCAUUCCCUCUCAACCACUGUCAUACAAUCUCAUUCCCUCUCACCCACUCUCAUACGCUCUCAUUCCCUUUCACCCACUCUCUCACGCUCUCCGUCCCUCUCACCCACUCUCAUACCCUCUCAUUCCCUCUCACCCAGUCUCAUACGCUCUCAUUCCCUCCCACCCACACUCAUACGCUCUCAUUCCCUCUCACCCACUCUCAUACCCUCUCAUUCCCUCUCACCCACUCUCUUACGCUCUCAUUCCCUCUCACCCACUCUCAUACACUCUCAUUCCCUCUAACCCAUUCUCAUACGCUCUCAUUCCCUCUCACCCACUCUCAUACGCUCUCAUUCCCUCUCGCCCACUCUCAUACGCUCUCAUUCCCUCUCACCGACUCUCAUACGCUCUCAUUCCCUCUCACCCACUCUCAUACGCUCUCAUUCCCUCUCACCCACUCUCAUACGCUCUCAUUCCCUCUCACCCACUCUCAUAUGCUCUCAUUCCCUCUAACCCACUCUCAUACGCUCUCAUUCCCUCUCACCCACUCUCAAACGCUCUCAUUCCCUCUCACCCACUCUCAUACGCUCUCAUUCCCUCUCACCCACUCUCAUACGCUCUCAUUCCCUCUCACCCACUCUCUCACGCUCUCAUUCCCUCUCACCCACUCUCUCACGCUCUCAUUCCCUCUCACCCACUCUCAUACGCUCUCAUUCCCUCUAACCCACUCUCAUACGCUCUCAUUCCCUCUCAUCCACUCUCAUACGCUCUCAUUCCCUCUCAACCACUCUCAAACGCUCUCAUUCCCUCUCACCCACUCUCAUACGCUCUCAUUUCCUCUCAUCCUCUCUCAUACCCUCUCAUUCCCUCUCACCCACACUCUCACGCUCUCAUUCCCUCUCACCCACUCUCAUACGCUCUCAUUCCCUCUAACCCACUCUCAUACGCUCUCAUUCCCUCUCAUCCACUCUCAUACGCUCUCAUUCCCUCUCAACCACUCUCAUACGCUCUCAUUCCCUCUCACCCACUCUCAUACCCUCUCAUUCCCUCUCACCCACUCUCUUACGCUCUCAUUCCCUCUCACCCACUCUUAUACACUCUCAUUCCCUCUAACCCAUUCUGAUACGCUCUCAUUCCCUCUCACCCACUCUCAUACGCUCUCAUUCCCUCUCGCCCUCUCUCAUACGCUCUCAUUCCCUCUCACCCACUCUCAUACGCUCUCAUUCCCUCUCACCCACUCUCAUACGCUCUCAUUCCCUCCCACCCACACUCAGACGCUCUCAUUCCCUCUCACCCACUCUCUCACGCUCUCAUUCCCUCUCACCCACUCUCAUACGCUCUCAUUCCCUCUCACCCACUCUCAUACUCUCUCAUUCCCUCUCACCCACACUCAUACGCUCUCAUUCCCUCUCACCCACUCUCAUACUCUCUCAUUCCCUCUCACCCACUCUCAUACGCUCUCAUUCCCUCUCACCCACUCUCAUACGCUCUCAUUCCUUCUCACCCACUCUCAUACGCUCGCAUUCCCUCUCACCCACUCUCAUGCGCUCUCAUUUCCUCUCACCCACUCUCUCACGCUCUCAUUCCCUCUCACCCACUCUCAUACGCUCUCCGUCCCUCUCACCCACUCUCAUACCCUCUCAUUCCCUCUUACCCACACUCAUACGCUCUCGUUCCCUCUCACCCACACUCAUACGCUCUCAUUCCCUCUCACCCACUCUCAUACGCUCUCAUUCCCUCUCACCCACUCUCAUACUCUCUCAUUCCCUCUCAACCACUCUCAUACUCUCUCAUACGCUCUCAUCCACUCUCAUCCAAUCUCAUCCGCUCUCAACCCCUCCCAUCCCCUCUCAUCCCCUCUCAUCCCCUCUCACACACUCUCAUUCCCUCUCACCCACUCUCUCAUGCUCUCAUGCCCUCUCACCCACUCUCUCACGCUCUCAUUCCCUCUCACCCACUGUCAUACACUCUCAUUCCCUCUCACCCACUCUCUUACGCUCUCAUUCCCUCUCAUCCACUCUCAUACGCUCUCAUUCCGUCCCACCCACACUCAUACAGCUCUUAUUCCCUGUCACCCACUCUCAUAUGCUCUCAUUCCCUCUAACCCACUCUCAUACGCUCUCAUUCCCUCUCACCCACUCUCAAACGCUCUCAUUCCCUCUCACCCACUCUCAUACGCUCUCAUUCCCUCUCACCCACUCUCAUACGCUCUCAUUCCCUCUCACCCACUCUCAUACGCUCUCAUUCCCUCUCACCCACUCUCAUACCCUCUCAUUCCCUCUCACCCACUCUCAUACGCUCUCAUUCCCUCUCACCCACUCUCAUACGCUCUCAUUCCAUCUCACCCACUCUCUCACGCUCUCAUUCCUUCUCACCCACUCUCAUACGCUCUCAUGCCCUCUCACCCACUCUCAUACGCUCUCAUUCCCUCUCACCCACUCUCAUACGCUCUCAUUCCCUCCCACCCACACUCAGACGCUCUCAUUCCCUCUCACCCACUCUCUCACGCUCUCAUUCCCUCUCACCCACUCUCAUACGCUCUCAUUCCCUCUCAACCACUCUCAUACGCUCUCAUUCCCUCUCACCCACUCUCAUACUCUCUCAUUCCCUCUCACCCACACUCAUACGCUCUCAUUCCCUCUCACCCACUCUCAUACUCUCUCAUUCCCUCUCACCCACUCUCAUACGCUCUCAUUCCCUCUCACCCACUCUCAUACGCUCUCAUUCCUUCUCACCCACUCUCAUACGCUCGCAUUCCCUCUCACCCACUCUCAUACGCUCUCAUUUCCUCUCACCCACUCUCUCACGCUCUCAUUCCCUCUCACCCACUCUCAUACGCUCUCCGUCCCUCUCACCCACUCUCAUACCCUCUCAUUCCCUCUCACCCACACUCAUACGCUCUCGUUCCCUCUCACCCACACUCAUACGCUCUCAUUCCCUCUCACCCACUCUCAUACGCUCUCAUUCCCUCCCACCCACUCUCAUACGCUCUCAUUCCCUCUCACCCACUCUCAUACGCUCUCAUUUCCUCUCACCCACUCUCUCACGCUCUCAUUCCCUAUCACCCACUCUCAUACGCUCUCCGUCCCUCUCACCCACUCUCAUACCCUCUCAUUCCCUCUCACCCACACACAUACGCUCUCAUUCCCUCUCACCCACACUCAGACGCUCUCAUUCCCUCUCACCCACUCUCUCAAGCUCUUAUUCCCUCUCACCCACUCUCUCACGCUCCCAUUCCCUCUCACCCACUGUCAUACCCUCUCAUUCCCUCUCACCCACUCUCUUACGCUCUCAUUCCCUCUCACCCACUCUCAUACACUCUCAUUCCCUCUAACCCACUCUCAUACGCUCUCAUUCCCUCUCAACCACUCUCAUACGCUCUCAUUCCCUCUCGCCCACUCUCAUACGCUCUCAUUCCCUCUCACCCACUCUCAUACGCUCUCAUUCCCUCUCACCCACUCUCAUACGCACUCAUUCCCUCUCUCCCACUCUCAUACGCUCUCAUUCCCUCCCACCCACACUCAUACGCUCUCAUUCCCUCUCACCCACUCUCAUACCCUCUCAUUCCCUCUCACCCACUCUCUUACGCCCUCAUUCCCUCUCACCCACUCUCAUAUGCUCUCAUUCCCUCCCACCCACACUCAUACGCUCUCAUUCCCUCUCACCCACUCUCAUACCCUCUCAUUCCCUCUCACCCACUCUUUUACGCUCUCAUUCCCUCUCACCCACUCUCAUACACUCUCAUUCCCUCUAACCCACUCUCAUACGCUCUCAUUCCCUCUCACCCACUCUCAUACGCUCUCAUUCCCUCUCGCCCACUCUCAUACGCUCUCAUUCCCUCUCACCCACUCUCAUACGCUCUCAUUCCCUCUCACCCACUCUCAUACGCUCUCAUUCCCUCUCACCCACUCUCAUACGCUCUCAUUCCCUCCCACCCACACUCAUACGCUCUCAUUCCCUCUCACCCACUCUCAUACCCUCUCAUUCCCUCUCACCCACUCUCUUACGCUCUCAUUCCCUCUCACCCACUCUCAUAUGCUCUCAUUCCCUCUAACCAACUCUCAUACGCUCUCAUUCCCUCUCACCCACUCUCAUACGCUCUCAUUCCCUCUCGCCACUUCUCAUACGCUCUCAUUCCCUCUCACCCACUCUCAUACGCUCUCAUUCCCUCUCACCCACUCUCAUACGCUCUCAUUCCCUCUCACCCACACUCAUACGCUCUCAUUCCCUCUCACCCACUCUCUCACGCUCUUAUUCCCUCUCACCCACUCUCUCACGCUCCCAUUCCCUCUCACCCACUGUCAUACCCUCUCAUUCCCUCUCACCCACUCUCUUACGCUCUCAUUCCCUCUCACCCACUCUCAUACACUCUCAUUCCCUCUAACCCACUCUCAUACGCUCUCAUUCCCUCUCAACCACUCUCAUACGCUCUCAUUCCCUCUCGCCCACUCUCAUACGCUCUCAUUCCCUCUCACCCACUCUCAUACGCUCUCAUUCCCUCUCACCCACUCUCAUACGCUCUCAUUCCCUCUCUCCCACUCUCAUACGCUCUCAUUACCUCUCACCCACACUCAUACGCUCUCAUUCCCUCUCACCCACUCUCAUACCCUCUCAUUCCAUCUCACCCACUCUCAUACGCUCUCAUUCCCUCUCACCCACUCUCAUAUGCUCUCAUUCCCUCUAACCCACUCUCAUACGCUCUUAUUCCCUCUCACCCACUCUCAUACGCUCUCAUUCCCUCUCGCCCACUCUCAUACGCUCUCAUUCCCUCUCACCCACUCUCAUACGCUCUCAUUCCCUCUCACCCAAUCUCAUACGCUCUCAUUCCCUCUCACCCACUCUCAUCCGCUCUCAUUUCCUCUCACCCACUCUCUCACGCUCUCAUUCCCUCUCACCCACUCUCAUACGCUCUCCGUCCCUCUCACCCACUCUCAUACCCUCUCAUUCCCUCUCACCCACACUCAUACGCUCUCAUUCCCUCUCACCUACUCUCAUACGCUCUCAUUCCCUCUCACCCACUCUCAUACGCUCUCAUUCCCUCCCACCCAAUCUCAUACGCUCUCAUUCCCUCUCUCCCACUCUCAUACGCUCUCAUUCCCUCCCACCCACACUCAUACGCUAUCAUUCCCUCUCACCCACUCUCACACCCUCUCAUUCCCUCUCACCCACUCUCUUACGCUCUCAUUCCCUCUCACCCACUCUCAUAUGCUCUCAUUCCCUCUAACCCACUCUCAUACGCUCUCAUUCCCUCUCACCCACUCUCAUACGCUCUCAUUCCCUCUCGCCCACUCUCAUAUGCUCUCAUUCCCUCUCACCCACUCUCAUACGCUCUCAUUCCCUCUCACCCACUCUCAUACGCUCUCAUUCCCUCUCACCCACUCUCAUACGCUCUCAUUUCCUCUCACCCACUCUCUCACGCUCUCAUUCCCUCUCACCCACUCUCAUACGCUCUCCGUCCCUCUCACCCACUCUCAUACCCUCUCAUUCCCUCUCACCCACACUCAUACGCUCUCAUUCCCUCUCACCUACUCUCAUACGCUCUCAUUCCCUCUCACCCACUCUCAUACGCUCUCAUUCCCUCCCACCCAAUCUCAUACGCUCUCAUUCCCUCUCACCCACUCUCAUACGCUCUCAUUCCCUCUCACCCACUCUCAUACGCUCUCAUUCCCUCUCACCCACACUCAUACGCUCUUAUUCCCUCUCACCCACUCUCAUACGCUCUCAUUCCCUCCCACCCACACUCAGACGCUCUCAUUCCCUCUCAACCACUCUCAUACCCUCUCAUUCCCUCUCACCCACUCUCAUACGCUCUCAUUUCCUCUAACCCACUCUCAUACGCUCUCAUUCCCUCUCACCCACGCUCAGACGCUCUCAUUCCCUCUCGCCCACUCUCAUACGCUCUCAUUCCCUCUCACCCUCUCUCAUAUGCUCUCAUUCCCUCUCACCCACUCUCAUACGCUCUCAUUCCCUCUCACCCACUCUCAUACGUUCUCAUUUCCUCUCACUCGCUCUCUCACGCUCUCAUUCCCUCUCACCCACUCUCAUACGUUCUCCGUCCCUCUCACCCACUCUCAUACCCUCUCAUUCCCUCUCACCCACACUCAUACGCUCUCAUUCCCUCUCACCCACACUCAUACGCUCUCAUUCCCUCUCACCCACUCUCAUACCCUCUCAUUCCCUCUCACCCACUCUUUUUGUUGUUCUCUAACACUUUUACGCUCUCAUUCUCUCUCACCCACUCUCAUACGCUCUCAUUCCGUCUAACCCACUCUCAUACGCUCUCAUUCCCUCUCACCCACUCUCAUACACUCUCAUUCCCUGUCACCCACUCUCAUACGCUCUCAUUCCCUCUCACCCACUCUCAUACGCUCUCAUUCCCUCUCACCCACUCUCAUACGCUCUCAUUCCCUCUCACCCACUCUCAUACGCUCUCAUUCCCUCUCACCCACUCUCAUACGCUCUCAUUCCCUCUCACCCACCCUCAUACGCUCUCAUUCCCUCUCACCCACUCUCAUACGCUCUCAUUCCCUCUCACCCACUCUCAUACACUCUCAUUCCCUCUCACCCACACUUAUACGCUCUCAUUCCCUCUCACCCACUCUCAUACCCUCUCAUUCCCUCUCACCCACUCUCUUACGCUCUCAUUCCCUCUCACCCACUCUCAUACGCUCUCAUUCCCUCUAACCCACUCUCAUACGCUCUCAUUCCCUCUCACCCACUCUCAUACGCUCUCAUUCCCUCUCACCCACCCUCAUACGCUCUCAUUCCCUCUCACCCACUCUCAUACGCUCUCAUUCCCUCUCACCCACUCUCAUACACUCUCAUUCCCUCUCACCCACACUUAUACGCUCUCAUUCCCUCUCACCCACUCUCAUACCCUCUCAUUCCCUCUCACCCACUCUCUUACGCUCUCAUUCCCUCUCACCCACUCUCAUACGCUCUCAUUCCCUCUAACCCACUCUCAUACGCUCUCAUUCCCUCUCACCCACUCUCAUACGCUCUCAUUCCCUCUCACCCACUCUCAUACGCUCUCAUUCCCUCUCACACACUCUCAUACGCUCUCAUUCCCUCUCACCCACACUCAUACGCUCUCAUUCCCUCUCACCCACUCUCAUACCCUCUCAUUCCCUCUCACCCACUCUCUUACGCUCUCAUUCCCUCUCACCCACUCUCAUAUGCUCUCAUGCCCUCCCACCCACACUCAUACGCUCUCAUUCCCUCUCACCCACUCUCAUACCCUCUCAUUCCCUCUCACCCACUCUCUUACGCUCUCAUUCCCUCUCACCCACUCUCAUACACUCUCAUUCCCUCUAACCCACUCUCAUACGCUCUCAUUCCCUCUCACCCUCUCUCAUACGCUCUCAUUCCCUCUCGCCCACUCUCAUACGCUCUCAUUCCCUCUCACCCACUCUCAUACGCUCUCAUUCCCUCUCACCCACUCUCAUACGCUCUCAUUCCCUCUCACCCACUCUCAUACGCUCUUAUUCCCUCUCACCCACACUCAUACGCUCUCAUUCCCUAUCACCCACUCUCAUACCCUCUCAUUCCCUCUCACCCUCUCUCUUACCCUCUCAUUCCCUCUCACCCACUCUCAUACGCUCUCAUUCCCUCCCACCCACACUCACACGCUCUCAUUCCCUCUCACCCACUCUCAUACCCUCUCAUUCCCUCUAACCCACUCUCAUACGCUCUCAUUCCCUCUCACCCACUCUCAUACGCUCUCAUUCCCUCCCACCCACACUCAUACGCUCUCAUUCUCUCUCACCCACUCUCAUACGCUCUCAUUCCAUCCCACCCACUCUCUUACGCUCUCAUUCCCUCUCACCCACUCUCAUACACUCUCAUUCCCUCUAACCCACUCUCAUACGCUCUCAUUCCCUCUCACCCACUCUCAUACGCUCUCAUUCCCUCCCACCCACACUCAUACGCUCUCAUUCCCUCUCACCUGCGGAGAUUCACUCUACAACGGUAGUGAGCUAAACUACAGGGUUGGCACGAACUACUAG